CAUUGUGAUAAAAGUAAGGUCAAGAAUAAAUAUUUACACAAACUAUCAAAUAAUAAUGUAUGUGGUGUUUAGUUGACUGGUAAGUAAGGGAAGGUAGAAAUUGAGGAGAUUGAAUUGCAAUAGCAAUGAGUGUGUCUUCAAAUUCGAAGGAAUCGAUGGAAUUAUGCAUAUUUGAUUUGCGGAGAGGCCAACACGAAGGCCAAGAGCUCGAUAAGAUUCUCUUCUUCUUCCCCGCCGGUUUGCCCUUUUCAAAGCAACUCUCCGUCAUUGGCCUCAGCGAAGGACUCAUCACUUUCACUAGAAUCUUCUCGCCAGAGGCUGCCUGCGACGUCAUCGAAGCAGAAAGACAUUCUCAUGUUUUCUACGAGGCCGAACCCGAUAUCUGGAUAGUCAUGGUUGCCGACAAAAGCAAUGAUUCAGAACCUAUAUGGAGAGUUGAUGCAUUAAGAAAAGUUCUCAAGGAAAUUCACUCACUUUUUGUCAUGUUUCAUGGAUCUAUUAGAGCAAUGCUGGAGAAAGAACCCGGCGGAGGACUAACAAGACGGCAUUUGUAUACCUUUAUCAUGGAUUAUCUGAGGGCAUGUAAAAAGCGGUCUCCGUGGGAUACUUGCUGCUGUGGUAAUGGUGAAGUUGCUGUAUCAAAUGAUUUUCUUGCGGGGAAAAAGCUCCUUUUACCUUCAUUCCGUGAUUGCUUAAAGGAACGUGGAACUGUUCAGAUGCUGACAAUAGGUCGUGAGGCUGCAAUUGAGGUUCAGUCCCUUGUCAGGGUGCUUGAAUCUUCUUCUGGAAACACUCCCUGCUACUCUUUGGUUUUAUUUCAAGACCUGCUAGUGUCCACAAGUCUAUCUCCUGAUGACACCAUAAAUUUAUUCACAUAUGCUGUGCUAAGGUUGACUCCCCAUGCUCUAUCUUCUGGAACAAGUUCCUGGUCCUACUUACGGAAAGGAAGUUCUGCAUCCAAUGUUGCCACUGAGUCUAACAUGGCCCAUCCAAGCUCUUUGUCUGAAAGUUUUUAUGGCUCAUCUGAUAUGUCCUCUGGUGAAGAUAACCACUAUCAUGUUGUGAGGCCCCUACAGAGUGACAAAUGGUCUAAAGGAAAAGAUGGUUAUCUUGUCACUGAUUUAUGGGGUGCAGAAGUUGGUACGUGGGUGUUUGCCUCUCCAACAGUUUGGCUUCAACAUACAGGAGAGAAAAUGUAUCUUUGUGUUUAUCAGCAUAGAAGCCUUACUUUGAUGCUUCUGAUUCCUGUAUCAUCCAUUCCUAACGGGGAGCAAGGUGUGUCGGCAGUGAGGCAGCAAGUUGUUGAAAAUGCAUCACUUAAAAUAUUGAAAGUUGAAGAGAAACUAUCGAAAGGAUGGGGUGGAGAUAAUGCUUAUCACGUUAGUGGGUACCGCUACUUACUUGUAGAUGGUGAUAGAAAUGUAUCCAGGGCUUCUCCAGCAACAAAAGUUACAACUUUAACAAAGGAGUCCUUACUUGCUAUGAAUAAGCUUAGGCAAGAGGUGGAGUUAGAGAAGAGUAGAGCAAAACUGGAUAGCCGUAAUUGUGAAAAAGACUUAGAGGUGUGCAUUAGAGCAAAAAAUAAUGCAUGGGUUAUUUCUCGAGUCACAAGAGGGAAGGAGCUUUACAUGGUUCUAGAGAAAGCUAAUGAAACCCUUCUAUAUGCUUCAGAUGCUGUUGAGAAGUUUAGCGACAGGUAUUGCAAUGGAACAUUUUCUCUGGACUAAAGAAAACCAAGCAUGUGCGACCGAGGAAUAGCACGUUAGGUCUUCUAACUGUUUACCCAGUAAAGUCGGGAAGUUUUCCACUGUUGAUUUUUCUCACCGGGAAAUUCAAGAAUGGAAGAAAGAAUGCUACUCUGUGUAUAUCUCUCUGUAUAUUAAGUGUAAUUUGUUUAUACUUGUUAAAGGGUGCUUUAUCAAAUCUUGUCACCGGUAACUUUCUUUUUAAUCCGAAAUUGGGUCAGUUCCGAGAGAAAUUGUUUUCCAAAAAGUUUCAUUUAUUUCACAAUAGACUUUGAAUUCCUAAAACUUAA